AUCAUUUAUAAGAACUAACGUCAAGCUGUUAUGUCUAAUGUCAAUGUCAAAUGAAUGAUAUAAGUAACAAUUUAUUAUUGUUGAUUAAUUACAUUCAAAAAAUGUACAAGUUUUCAUUCACUUCCAACAAAAUAAUGUAGACAAUCAUGCCACCAUUUCGAAGAAAAAAAUCUGGAAAAAGUUUUCCUGUUAAAGUAUGCACUCUGGAUGCUGAAUUGGAGUUUAAUUUAGAAUGGAGGGCUACUGGCAGAGAUCUUUUCGAGUUAGUUUGUAGGACUAUUGGAUUGAGAGAAACAUGGUAUUUUGGAUUACAGUAUGAAGAUUCCAAAGGAUUCAUAUCUUGGUUGAAAUUAGACAAAAAAGUUCAGGACCAAAGCAUUCAGAAAAAUCACCAAACGGCAUCUUUUAUGUUCCUAGCGAAAUUUUAUCCAGAAGAAGUAGCAGAAGAAUUAGUUCAAGAAGUAACACAACAUUUAUUUUUCUUACAAGUUAAACAAGCCAUAUUAUCAAUGGAUGUAUAUUGUCCACCAGAAGCUUCAGUAUUACUAGCCAGUUAUGCAGUACAAGCUAAGUUUGGAGACUUUGAUGAAGAUACUUAUAAACCUGGUAUGUUAGCAAGUGAAGAUUUGUUACCACAACGGGUGAUAGAUCAAUAUCAAAUGACCUUAGAGAUGUGGGAAGAACGAAUCAGAGUAUGGUAUGCAGAUCAUAGGGGUAUGUCUCGUGAUGAGGCUGAAAUGGAGUAUUUGAAAAUUGCUCAGGAUCUCGAUAUGUAUGGCGUUAACUAUUUUCCUAUAUUAAAUAAAAAAGAGACUGAACUUUGGCUAGGAGUAACAUCACUAGGCUUAAACAUAUACGAAAAAGAAAAUAAACUCCAACCAAAAACUACAUUUACAUGGCCAGAAAUAAGACAUAUCAGCUUUGAUGAUAAAAAGUUUAUCAUAAAGCCAGUUGAUAAAAAUGCUCCCAACUUUGUUUUUUUCAGUCAAAAAGUUAGGAUGAAUAAAUUGAUUUUAGAUUUGUGCAUGGGUAAUCAUGAUCUCUUCAUGCGCCGAAGAAAACCAGAUUCCAUGGAAUUACAGCAGAUGAAAGCUGCAGCGAAAGAAGAGAAACAACGAAGGCAGGUACAGAGGAAUAGACUAGCUAGAGAAAAACAGUUGAGGGAGGAAGCUGAACGAGAAAGAGCGAGUAUGGAACAGAGAUUGUUACAAUAUCAAGAAGAAAUAAGAUUGGCAAAUGAAGCUCUGAGGAGAUCUGAAGAAAGUGCAGAUCUUCUUGCAGAGAAGAGUCGAGUAGCUGAAGAAGAAGCUAGAUUGUUAAGUCAAAAGGCUGCUGAAGCUGAACAAGAAAUUACUAGAUUAAGAUUGACUGCGAUGAGAAAAGAUGAGGAAAAGGUAUCUUUGGAGAGGAAAACGAGAGAAGCAGAAAUGUUGACUGCUCGGUUAGUGGAAGAAUCGGAAAAAAGGGCAGCCGAAGCCAAUAAAUUGAAAGACGAAUUAUUGAAGGCAAGGGCUGCCGAAAAACAAGCUAAAGAAAAAUUGUUAGACUUUUUAAGUCGAACUACUUCAUAUAAUGGUUCAAAUACCGUCUCUCCUAUAUCAUCCGUUACUGCUUUAUACCAACCACCAUUGAGUCCUGGCUAUGGACCAGACUUAUCAAUUAUAGAUAGUGAAGUUUCUACAUCUCCAGAUUUAAAUUUAAACAUCACUUCCUAUGACUUAAUAGCCCAUGCAGAUGCCGAUCAACUUUCUCUGGAAAUAGAAAAAGAAAGAAUCGAGUAUUUGGAAAAAUCAAAACAUCUCCAAAAUCAACUUAGAGAAUUGCGUAGCGAAAUAGCUGUGUUAAAAGUUGGCGACAAACAUAGUGAUUACGAUCAGUUGCACGAAGAACAAGUAAAAUUAGGCGAAAACAAAUAUUCGACAUUAAAAAAAAGCAAAUCUGGUUCAACAAAAAGCAGAGUUGCAUUUUUUGAAGAGUUAUAGCAGCAAGUGAUCAUUAUUAUUUGGUUAUGUAAUUUAUAAUUAUUGACAAUACUUUUAGGUUAAGGAACAAAUAAUAUUUUUUAAUUAAA